UAUUGUAUUGUCGAAAGUUAUCUAAUUACAAAGAUCGAACAUUUGAUAAAAGAGACCGGAUGUAUAAUAAACAAAAAUCUAAGGUCAUUUAUGUAGUCCAAAAUGUGCAAACCUGUCACUAAUAUAUAUGCCUCAAACUUUAUUUUGUGUAUGUUGAAGUUCUUCCUAGUCCAAUAGGAGGGAAACAAAAGAGGGGUAAAGGUAGAGAAAAAUGAAUUGAAAGAACUAUUUUUAAUUUUUUUUUCUAGACUAUUGAUAUAACUUUUUUUUUGUUGAUAGAUCUGUUGAAGCUUUUUGUUUUUCUUCAAACCUCCAAAGGUUAGUUCUUUUUAUAAAGAAUGGAUCAUACCGUUUUUUCUUUGUUUUUUUAAUUGUAAAACUUAUUAUUACUCUUCUAUUUUUGCAGCAUGAAACGAUUGAGAGGCAAUGUAAAUGGUUCAUCUUGUGGAGAACCAUAUGGUCGAUUACAAGUCCGUAAAAGUGGUUUUGGCAGGAGAGGACGUAGUAGCAACAAAGGUGGUAGACCAGAUAUAACAAUGAAUGAUGCGUUUUGUUAUUUGAAGAGAAUUAAGGACAUGUUUUGGAACAGAAGGGAGAAGUAUCACAUGUUUCUUGUUCUUAUGAAUGACUUAAGGAAAAAAAGAAUUGAUAUGGUUGGUUUCAUGGCAAAAAUAGAAGGAUUGUUUAAAGGAUAUCCUACUUUGCUCCUGGGAUUAAAUCCUUUCCUUCCCAAGGGCUAUAAAAUAACUCUCAGUAAUGAAGACAAGAGAAAUUUUGAACGAGCAGUCAGCUUGAUGACCAAGAUAAAGGCAUGUUUAGACCAAGAGUACAAAUACUUCCUAGAUGUUCUAUUCACGUGCGAGAAGGAGCGCAAGGAUGUAAAAGAGUUGUAUCGUAAGGCCGCCGUACUUCUCAAUGACCAUCCGGAUCUGCUAGACGAGCUUGCUAAAUUCUGGUCAGUUUCAUCCACCGCCAAACCAUUGUUCAAUUUUGAUGAGGAUAGAAUAUCGAUGAACUGA